AUGUGGUGGAUGUUACAACACUACUUCGGCAUUGGAUCUCGUGUCCACCAUGUACGUCUACGCUGGGGCCAUCUUCGGUUGGUGUCCGGCCUGGUUGAUCCAAUGACUGGGCAGCCCUGUGAGGCUGUAGAAUACCAGGGUCCAACUGAAUUCGCUACGGUUAGACCGGCUGCUCUUCUCGAGGCUACUGCAGUUCCUGACGGAAUGCAUAUAAGUACACCUCGUCGACGAGUUUAUCCCUCUUCAGGUUGGGCUGAACCGGAGAUAGCAGUUGCUGAGGCUUUGUUAGGAGGUGUGACUUCAGAUUUUGUAAAUCCGCCCCCGCCCGCUGGUUCUCAGGUACUUUUAUCUCUUUUGACUCAUCCAGAAUGGAUAUAA